CGCGUUUUAUUCGUCACUUCCGCUGCGUCGGCUCUGACUGAGCGCGUCACUUCCAGGCGGCGCGGAACGGAGUUGCCAACGGCCUGUGGAGCAACAUGCCUAAAUUUUAUUGUGACUACUGCGACACAUACCUCACCCAUGACUCUCCAUCUGUGAGAAAGACACACUGCAGUGGUAGGAAGCACAAAGAGAAUGUGAAAGACUACUAUCAGAAAUGGAUGGAAGAGCAGGCUCAGAGCCUGAUUGACAAAACCACUGCUGCAUUUCAACAAGGAAAGAUACCUCCUACUCCAUUCUCUGCUCCUCCUCCUGCAGGGGCAAUGAUCCCACCUCCCCCCAGUCUCCCGGGUCCUCCUCGUCCUGGGAUGAUGCCUGCACCUCACAUGGGGGGCCCUCCCAUGAUGCCGAUGAUGGGCCCCCCUCCUCCUGGGAUGAUGCCAGUGGGGCCUGCUCCUGGAAUGAGGCCGCCUAUGGGAGGCCACAUGCCAAUGAUGCCUGGGCCCCCAAUGAUGAGACCUCCUGCCCGUCCCAUGAUGGUGCCCACCCGGCCAGGAAUGACCCGACCAGACAGAUAAGGAGAUUGGGGAGCCUCUUUAUAUCAGUUUUAUAUUACUUGUACUUCACCAGGAGAUCAUGGUGCUGUGACUCGGGGUGUUUUCUAACUGCAUGACAAGGAAAACUUGUUUCCCCUUCCUAUCAGAGAGAGUAGUUUUGGAGGGAAGUAGUGGGACAGAAUAAACAAUUUUCAUUUGUAUUGUGAAAUGUGAAAAUAAAAUUGUCAACUCUUUUAGUUAAAA